AACCUUCUCGGCCGGAGUCGGUCGCCAGUACUCGGGACGAUAAGCUCGAUCAAAAGGACGCCGCAGUGCCGGAGAAGAAGGAAGCAGACGUCAAAACGGAAGACAAAGAAGGCUCAAGACCAGCAUCCGCCAUCGAUGGCAAGCCGGCAUCGGAAAAGUCCGACGCUUCUCGUCCUCAGUCGGUUAUGAGUGAUAAGGCUCCAUCCGAUAAGUCAGCCGAUCUCAAGGGAGUACCGGAAAUGGAAGAAGCCAAAUCGACAGCUCCAGCUAAGGACGUUUCGGGGGAGGUGCGGGACAUGAAGGUCGAACAACAGGAAAGCUCACGGCCAGCAUCCGCAGGCAGUGAGAAGGACUCCUCACGUCCACCGUCAGCGGCGGACGCUAAGGCCCCGUCAGAGAAGUCAGUUGAUUUGAAGGUUGAAUCCCGGGAAGCAUCGCGGCCCACGUCGGCGGCGAGUGAGAAGGACACAUCCCGGCCACAGUCAGCGAUCGAUGCCAAGACUCCCUCAGAAAAGUCUGUCGAUUUGAAGGCUGAGUCGAAGGAAGCUUCACGGCCGGCGUCCGCUGCCGACGAUAAGGAUUCUUCCCCGAUCGAUGCCAAGUCUCCAUCAGAAAAGUCUAUCGAUUUGAAAGCUGAGUCGAAGGAAGCUUCACGACCAGCAUCCGCUGCCGACGACAAGGAUUCUUCCCGUCCUCAGUCUGCGAUCGAUGAGAAAGCUCCAUCAGAGAAGUCAGUUGAUUUGAAGGUUGAGUCGAAGGAAGCUUCACGGCCAGCAUCCGCUGCCGACAACAAGGAAUCUUCUCGUCCUCAAUCUGCGAUCGAUGAGAAAGCAUCAGAGAAGUCCGUUGAUCUUAAAUCUGAGUUUAAGGAAACCUCCCGUCCGCAGUCCGCGAUUGACGAGAAAGCUCCAUCGGAGAAGUCCGUUGAUUUGAAGGCUGAGCCUAAAGAAGAAUCGAGGCCAGCUUCUGCUGCCAGCGAGAAGGACACAUCCCGACCACAGUCAGCGAUCGAUGCCAAGACUCCUUCAGAAAAAUCUGUCGAUUUGAAGGCUGAGUCGAAGGAAGGUUCACGGCCGGCGUCCACUGCCGACGACAAGGAUUCUUCCCGUCCUCAGUCUGCGAUCGAUGCCAAGACUCCCUCAGAAAAAUCUGUCGAUUUGAAGGCUGAGUCGAAGGAAGCUUCACGGCCAGCAUCCGCUGCCGACGACAAGGAAUCUUCCCGUCCUCAAUCAGCGAUCGAUGAGAAAGCUUCAUCGGAGAAGUCCGUUGAUCUUAAAGCUGAGUCCAAGGAAACCUCCCGUCCACAGUCCGCGAUUGACGAGAAAGCUCCAUCGGAGAAGUCAGUAGAUUUGAAAGCUGAGCCCAAAGAAGAAUCGAGGCCAGCUUCGGUCGCGAGCGAGAAGGACGCAUCCCGACCACAAUCAGCGAUCGAUGCCAAGUCUCCAUCAGAAAAGUCUGUCGAUUUGAAGGCUGAGACUAAAGAAGAAUCGAGACCAGCUUCCGUUGCGGGCGAGAAGGACGCAUCCCGGCCACAAUCAGCGAUCGACGAGAAAGCGCCGUCUGAGAA